ACAUCGCUCCCUGUGAAGUGAGUCACAAUGAACUGGAGAGGAUUGUCAAAUGAAUAAAAUAACCCUCUUCUGUUGUGUUUGAUUCGCCCUGGAUCAUCUCCGCCCCGUUAACCACGACAAGAACCAGAAUGGAGGAAUAGUAGGGCAGAAAAUGACGUUUUAGACUUAGUUUUUUAGUUGAAUAGCAAGCUAACGAGCUAGCUGGCGUUAGCUCCAGGCUCACAUAGAGAGCAGCAGCUGCUUGUGUUAAAGGUAGCAGCAGUAGAAACAUGUAUACUCUCUAUACAAUCAUCGCGUCUUUAGUUUGUUUUUUCAUCUUGAAAUGGAUGAAAAAAAGGAGGUAUUGCACCGACCUCAAAAGACUUGAUGGCAAAACAGUUCUUAUUACAGGUGGGAACUCUGGCAUUGGCAAAGACACAGCUGUUGCCAUGGCAAUGAGAGGGGCCCGUGUCAUCAUUGCUUGCAGAGACAUGGACAAAGCUGAGAAGGCUGUGAGGGAGAUCAAGUUCAAGAGUCACAGCCUCAGCGUCCUGCCCAUGGCGCUGGAUCUGGCCAACCUGCGCUCUGUGAGGGAGUUCUGUAAGAGCUUCCUCCAGAGAGAGAAGAGGCUGGACAUCCUGAUCAAUAAUGCAGGCAUGCCCAGCAUCCUCGACUGGACAGACGAUGGCUUCAGCAUGUGUUUUGGUGUCAACCACUUGGGUCACUUCCUCCUUACCAAUCUGCUUCUGCCACGCCUGAAGGAGUGUGCCCCCAGCCGGGUGGUCACCAUCACAUGCUCGAUCUACAAAUACCAGAAACUGGACUUCCAGGACCUCAACUACAACCUGCUGCCCUUCUUCACCUACUGCCGCAGCAAGCUGGCCAACAUCUACUUCAGUCAGGAACUGGCCCGCAUCACUGAAGGGAAAGGAGUGACCUCUUAUGCUGUGCACCCUGGUUUUGUCCAAAGUGGUUGGACGUGCCACUACUCCAUCCUGUUCCGAAUGCUGAUGCAGGUGGUCAUGUGGAUGUUUUUCGUGUCGUGUGAGAUUGGAGCUCAGACUGUCAUCUACUGUGCUGUGUCAGAUGAAGCUGCCAGACACAGCGGGGGUUACUUCGUCGACUGCCGACCAGCUACUCUGCGUCCUUUCGCAAGAGACGCUGGUGUGGCAAAAAAACUGUGGGAGGCCAGUGAGAGACUGGUGAAACUGGCCUGAUGGUGUAAGCUGGAGAAACGGGUUCUUUAUUUUUAUUUAAGAGUUAUUUAUGAUCGUGUGCUAAAUAUUUGUUUUUCAAGAACUUUGUUGUGUACAGUGCAGUUAAAAAAAAAAUUGUUCUUUUAUGUGCUUGACAUGUUUUCUUUUUUAUUCACCAACAGAACUUCUUUUUGUGGGUUAUCAUUUUGUAAUGAUGUAUAAAUAAAGACUUUCACUGUC